AUGUUGGUUCGUAUUUCGCCUGUUCGUGGCCUUAUAAUUCUAGUUCUUUUUGCAACUACUACAUAUUUUAUUUUUUCACGAUGGCUAUCUUCAAAUAAUUUAUCUUAUGAAACGGAUCAAGUAAUAGUUCAUUCAUCAUUAUCUCCAUCACAAAAUGAACAAUCAUUACAUUCUCAAUCAAAAUUUACAGACAUGCCCAUGCAUAAUGAAAUUGGUCAAUUACAAUUUUAUCCACUUAGGAUUUUGCCAUCGGAACUUAGUCAACCAGCAGUUAAACGUGAAUACAUAACAAAGCCUUUAUCUUACAAUGAUACAUCAUUUCGUGAAUCGUCUGCACCUAUUUUAUGGCUUGAUAAAUAUGGUGAUGUUCGAUGGAAUAAAGCUGCUGAAAAUGGUAUGAUCAAUUAUCUUACACAAAAACAAUUUCCUAAUCUUGAUAAAAUUGGAGAUUGGUCGGUAACUAAAAAUGAAGUUUUAAAUUUAUGCCGUAAACAAUCAAUAUUUAUUUUACAUCAACAUUGGUCAGGAUUUUUUAGUCGAGUUCUUUGUUUCAUAGCUCAAUUUGGUCAAACUCUCUACAGUCCACGUAUUGCUGUAUUUCGUGGGACUCGAUUUUCAGUUGAACGUGGACAACAAGAUGAUUUUUUAGGUCUGGGUAUUAAACGUUAUUUUCUUCCGAUGUCAAUCUGUACAGCAUAUGAAAAUCAUCCAGACAUGAGUGAUUUAACGAAACUUAUUCAAAGUGAUGUAGAAGUACAACAAAUUACACGUACAAUUGACUUACUUGAAUAUAGAAGUAAUAAAGUAGAUCGUCCAUUAAUAUCAAAUGAAUUUUGGAAAAUGGAUUAUCAUCAUGUACCUAUACGAAAAUGGUUAUUUGAUCGAAAAAAACCACGAGUUUCAUAUGAAUCUCCCGUUGAAAUUCUUUCUGAUCACUCCGAUGAACAUAUUUACGGUUAUAAUAAUGAAAAAAAUGUUUCAAUUGGUGAUUGGAUUAAUACUAAUAAACCCGAUGCAUUUUCUUCUGAUCUUGUAAACAAAAAUCUUACUAAAUUAACUUGGCAAGAUUAUGUCUUUGGUUCAUUUCUUCGUUAUAUGUUUGUUUUAUAUUUUUAUUCACAAAAUGCUCCACGUAUUGAAAUUAGUACAAAAAUAUUAACUCAACAUUGGUCAAGUUAUUUAAUUGAUAAAUACUCCGUUCCACGAGAUAAAAAUGUAUUUGAUAAACUUGCUGGUCUCUAUAUUCGUCGAGGAGAUAAAUCAGUUGAAGAUUCAUUUUGGGCUAAACAUCAACGU